AUGUUGCGCUUCUUCAAGACCUCAUUUCCGCCCCUUUCAAAACGAGUCAGACUCGACUCUCGGCCGGUACGAACUGCGACUACUUACGCGACCGCAAAGCUCGAAAACUCGAAGGACAGACACUACUCCGUGCGAAAUCAGGAAAGAUUUCAUGACGGGCGCUACGAGGCUAUCAAGCAGCUAGGUCAAGGCACAUAUUCACGAGUCUGGUUGGCAAGGGACUUGCACAGACAGAAUGGAUAUGUCGCAAUUAAAAUGCUGACCAACGAUUGCUAUGGUACCGAGCACGACAUCUUUGAAAUCGAGAUACUCGAAACGAUCACUCGCGAGCAGAAUCGGCAGGACCAGCCCAAUGGCGCUCACGUCCUGGGGCUUUGGGACAGAUUUCAGCUCACAGGCCCGAACGGGAGACAUGAAUGUCUAGUCUUGCCGGUCCUGGGAGGCACUCUUGGUGUCCAAGCGCGGCGCUUCACACAGCGGCGUAUACCCUCGGGGAUCAUGAAGGGUAUCUCACGGCAGCUGCUCAUUGGUCUGACAUUCUUACACGAGAGAUGUAGAGUGGUGCAUACAGAUCUGCAGCCGUCGAACAUUUGCUUCGACCUGAACCAGCAGCAGAUUGAAGGGAAGCGGUCAUCUGCUGACGGAGUAGCUUCAGAUGUGGCCAUGGGACAGAGUCUUGAGCAAGUCACUCCCAAGAGCGAACCGGGUGCACCAGGAACUGUUCGAAUCAUUGACUUUGGCGUCGGUAAGACGGAAUCAACCACGAGCAUACAGAUCAUCGAAUUUGUCAAAGGCCACAUCGCAUUCCCGGGACAAGCCAAGGAAGGAUCGUGGACCUCCAGCGAUGACCAUCUGGCGCAGUACAUGGAAGUCCUCGGACCUAUGCCUCGCGAGCUACUCGAACGAGGCACCAAAGCACACGAGUACUUCAACGAACAAGGUUCGUACUGGCCAAUUCCCACCUUGAAGCAGACGAGUCUCCAGGACUACGUAGUUGCUGAACAGGGUCCGUUCCAGCGGCCUUCAGAUAUGUCUGCAGAGGAAGCGCUGGUCUUCGCGGAUUUCUUACAGGGAGCGCUAGCACUCGACCCUGACCAUCGAAAGACGGCGAGUGAGUUGUUGGAGCACGACUGGCUCAAGGAUAUAGCCUGA